AUGCCCGACAACUACGACGUCGUCGUUAUCGGUGCUGGCCCUGUAGGCCUCAUGCUCUCCGCCUGCUUGACGCGCCUGGGGCCCUACAAAAUCAAGCACAUCGACAAGGCCGUGGAGCCAACGCGCGCCGGCCGCGCAAGUGGUAUCCAACCGCGGACACUGGACGUGCUCAGCACUAUGGGCCUUAAGAGACCUAUCUGGGCGUAUAAUCCGGGUCUCAUUCAAGAAGUUGCCUUCUGGGCUACAACUACAAAUGGGAAGGGCAUUCAGCGCACCGGCACCAGCAAGAGUUACCCUGAGCACGUCGACACCCGGUACCCUUUCACCACCAUCCUGCACCAGGGCCGUGUCGAGCGCAUUUUCCUGGAUGAUGUGCGGUCGCGGGGCGUCCAGGUCGAGCGAUCACGGGUUAUUCGCAGCGUGAGAUACCUUGGACCAGACGUUGAGUACCCCGUUGAGGCAGAACUGGCCAGUGUUGAUGGCCCAGCCACCGAGACGGUGCGGACCAAGUAUCUCUUCGGUGCGGAUGGAGCACGCAGUGCGGUGCGUGCAAUGCUGGGUAUUCCUAUGGUUUAUAAAGAUCCAGCAGUUCACGUAUGGGGGGUGAUUGACGGGGUGGUAACGACCGAUUUCCCCGAUAUGCAAAUCAAAUGCACCAUUCGCACGCCCCGUGGUGCCUGUAUGGUCAUACCCCAUGGCAACAACCGCGUGCGUGUCUACGUCCAGAUGUCGCGCGAGGAGGGCGAGGCCCCCUCCGCGUCUGGCUCUCAGGAAAAGAUCCAGCGCACAGCGAACAAUAUCUUGAGUCCGUACAAGGUCGAAUGGGAGUGCGUCGACUGGCACUCCGUCUAUCCCAUCGGUCAAGGCAUCGCACAGCAAUACUCCAUGUAUAACCGGAUCUUCAUUGGCGGCGACGCCUGCCACACCCACAGCCCCAAAGCCGGUCAGGGCAUGAACUACGGUAUCCUGGACGCGCACAAUCUCGUCUGGAAGCUGCACCUCGUGGAAUGCGGCCUGAUGCGCCCCGACUUACUGGAGACGUAUGAAGAGGAACGACGCGCUGUUGCCUCGCGCCUGAUCGAAUUCGAUGCCACUUACGCCGGACUCUUCAGCUCGCACAACCCUUCGCAGGAGACAAACGACGAGUUUGUCCGUAUCUACAAACAAAAUACGCAGCUGACAAGUGGUUACGGGGUCGAAUAUCCAGCCAACAACCUGACCCAGAUCGGCGAUGGCGACGACAUCUUCAUCUCCUCGCUGGCCAAACUGCAGCCUGGUCGUAGCUUUCCCCCGGUGAAUGUGACACGCGUGAUUGACGCCCGGAAUGUGUCGUUGGAGCGCGAGGUCCCCUUUAACGGCAGUUUCAACAUCGUCGUCUUCGCCGGCGAGCAGGGGCCGGAGCAACGCACGUUGGUCGACCUGGCAAGCCAGCUCGGACGACGGGGCUCGGUGUUUUCGCGGGUUCAAAAGAAUGCAGCAGCCGUGGAUUUACCAUACGAAAGACGACAUAAUCCUCACUCUCCGCUGUAUACCUUUUCGAUCGUGUUUAAUCAGGUACGAGCAUCCGUCGCCAUUAGCGCUCUACCGCACUUUUUCCUGCCUUAUCGGUAUCACAUCUACUCAGACGAUGCCCGUGCUGGAAAGACGCACGAGACAGGGCAGGGCGUCGCGCAUAGGAAGAUGGGAUUCGAUCCCCGAGAGGGAGGCGUCGUCAUUGUGAGGCCGGAUGGGUAUGUUGGGUGUGUUGUCAGGCUGGUGGAGGGCAGGGCCACUGCAGACGCUCUAGACCAGUACUUCUCUGCGGUUGUUCCUGGAGACCAGCCCUGUGUUCUGGUUCCGAGUAUGCUCUAA